AUGGUCACAGUGGAUCGACUUGUAUUACUCUCAACAGCAUUAUUUGCUACAGCUGCCUUACUUGUUCUAAUUAGUAUUUCAAGACCAAGAUGGAUUUUGUCUGUCAAUCAAGGCGAAACAUCUCUUGGUCUAAUUGAAAUAUGUACAAUAUCAUCAUUAACAUCCAAUGACCAGAAAUGUUUUGUACCACAUAAUAUUCGUUUUGUAUGGGUUUUAUCAUUUGGUUUGGCUAUUGGUGCUCUUGGCCUUCUUACAUUAACUAUAUUCUUAUUUCUUGUUUCACAAUAUAUACAAAUAUCUGCUAUUGAAUAUGGUCGACUAACUGGAUUUGUUGCUAUGAUUUUUUUAUGUUUAUCGACAGUUCUUUUUCCAAUGGGUUUUGAUGCAGACAUCAUUGGUGGCUCACCAUUUCAAUUACCAACUGAUUAUCGAAUAGGCUCAAGUUAUAUCGCAUUUGUUGGAGCAACUUGGCUAUCUGUUGUUUCAGCAAUAAUUACAGGGAAAAUGUGUUUACCAAGAUUUGUAGCAUAA